AACUGUCAGUCUGUCACUAAAUUAUUCCGCGCAUAGUCUAGUGACGCCAUUGUGAGCCGUAACGACUUUGUAGUGGAAGAAGUUAAAUCUCAGUUUUUUAAAAUAAUCGUUGAUGUAUAUGUGUUUAUUUAAAAACAUCUAAUUUUGUGUAUUAUUUUCUUUCAAGUGCUAAAAAGUCCUUAAAACUUCAACCAUGAAUGAAGAUAUGCCCUCAUUUAAAUGCGUGUUGGUAGGAGACGGUGGUACUGGUAAAACAACCUUCGUCAAAAGACAUUUGACUGGAGAGUUCGAGAAAAGAUAUGUCGCUACGCUAGGCGUUGAAGUACAUCCGCUUGUAUUCCAUACAAACCGAGGGCCUAUAAGAUUCAACGUUUGGGAUACAGCUGGUCAAGAGAAGUUUGGAGGAUUACGAGAUGGUUAUUACAUACAGGGACAAUGUGCCAUCAUUAUGUUUGAUGUAACCUCACGCGUCACUUACAAAAAUGUACCUAACUGGCAUAGAGAUUUAGUACGAGUAUGUGAAGGAAUACCAAUUGUAUUAUGUGGGAACAAAGUAGAUAUCAAGGACAGAAAAGUGAAAGCAAAAACUAUUGUAUUCCAUAGGAAAAAAAAUCUUCAGUAUUAUGACAUCUCUGCCAAAUCAAACUACAACUUUGAAAAGCCUUUCCUUUGGUUGGCAAGAAAAUUGAUUGGUGAUGGUAAUCUGGAAUUUGUGGCAAUGCCAGCAUUGGUCCCACCAGAAGUUACAAUGGACCCACAAUGGCAGAACCAGAUAGAAAAGGAUCUCAAAGAAGCGCAAGAUACAGCAUUGCCAGAGGAGGAUGAAGAUUUGUAAAUAAGAAUGUGAAAACAUUGCCCUCAUGUGAUUGAAAGCACAGCUCAGGCUUAAUAUUGUAUGUCGAUUAAUAAUUUCAUUCCAUUAGGUAUCAGUCCAUCACAUAACAUUCUUUUCCUUAUUGUAAAUGCAUUAUGAAAUUUUUUAUUCUUCAUCCGAUAUUUAUUUGUAAACUCAAGCUUGGCUGUAGCAUUAACUUUUGUGUUUAUUUCUUAUUUCAAGGACUCUUUAAGUGUCAAUAUAUAACAUUUGCAAGGUUGUUAUGUUGGUGUCCUUUUUCAUUAAUGUUGUAAAUUAAUUAUAACAAAAUAUAAUUUCUAACAUAAUAGGUUUUUUCUUUAGAAUCAUCCUGUUUUGUUACAAAUGACAAUAUUUGUUUUAAUUUUGUAGUGAUACAUACUUUUUCAAUAAAUAUUAAACCU